AUGCACUCCAGAGCGACUACCACUACGGCCACCCCGACAGCCCCGACUAGCGUACCACUCACGCGCACGAAGCUGCUGGGGCGUGGGGGACUCACGCGCACAGCCCUGGAGCUGCAUCUGGCCACGUCAGGAGCAGCAGUAGUAGCAGUAGCGGCAGUAACAGUAGUAACAGCAGGAGCAGUGGCAGUGGGAGUAGAAAAGGCAGUUGCAGCAGUACUGGGCAAUGCUCACCAGUGGUCGGCGCGGCAGGCGCAAGACGGUGGCGACAGUGGGGCCGCUACAACUGCAGGGCUGGGCCGGGCCGCAGCAGGGAGCUCCGCGGCAGCUGCGGCAGGGCGAGGCUGGGCCGCGACGGCAGCUGCUCCAGGUGCCACUGGGGCGGCUGCUGCAGGUGCGGGCUGCUCCAGGGGCGGCUGCUGCAGGUGCGGGCGGCUCCAGGGGCGGCUGCUGCAGUGGCGAGCGGCUCCAGGGGCUGCUGCUGCAGUGGCGGGCGGCUCCAGGGGCUGCUGCUGCAGUGGCGGGCGGCUCCAGGGGCUGCUGCUGCAGUGGCGGCUGCUCCAGGGGCUGCUGCUGCAGUGGCGGCUGCUCCAGGGGCGAGAGGCGGAUUAG